GCGGAGCGCUCAGAAAGAAUUUCACCGUGUUUGGGGUUGCAUCUACCGCGUCGCGUGACCGCAUCAGAGUCCACAGCAAAUCAGAAGGCCCUUGGCACACCAAAUCCGAGCAUUUGAAGUACGAAUUCGAGAGUUUUUUUAGCCAGCGGAAAGGUAGCUGGAGAAAUCGAGACAAGUGCAAAGAGUGGAAAGAAAAGUCGCGAUUCUGGGCGAAACGGACUGCUAAUAUGCUGAUGUAGCAUUCAAUCAGCUCGAAAAAUUGUCCAACGAAGGGAACUCGUCAGCGAAACAAAUUGUUGCUCCAGCCGCCGGGCAGAGAAGAAGUGAAAACAUAAGCUCAAAAAGCAAAAAAAAAAAACUAAUUAAAAUAAAUCCAAAUACAUACAAAAUGUCGCCAUUCAUGGAGAAGACGUUGUUGUUGUUAGGCGUGCUCUGCUGCAUACAAGUGACCACUGCCCUAAUGUGCUACGACUGCAACAGCGAGUUCGAUCCCCGCUGCGGCGAUCCCUUCGAGCCGUACUCCAUUGGCGAGGUGAACUGCAGCAAACAGGAGCCGCUGGAGCAUCUGAAGGACAAGUACAAGCCCACCCUGUGCCGCAAAACCGUGCAAAAGAUUUACGGGAAGACCCGGAUCGUGCGUGGAUGCGGAUACAUCCCAGACGAGAACACCGACAACAAGUGCGUGAGACGCUCGGGAACCCACGACGUGGCCGCCAUCUACUGCUCCUGCACCAAGGAUCUGUGCAACGGGGCCAACUCGCCCGCUGGCCAGUGGAUGAUGCUGCCCCUCAUCGUGGCCGCCGGAUUGGCGCUCCUGCUGAACUCGAGGCACACAAUACGAUUCCAGAGCUCGUAAAUUGGGCUCGAAUUAGUUUCACUGCGUUCACCUGUACUUAUCGUUUUCGCGUUUGUUUUCAAUGGUUUUUCGAUUCAGUUCUGCAGUUGAUGCUCAUUUAGUUGCAUAAUUUACUUUAAUAUAUCAUUUAAUGUGUUCGUAAGCGUAAAUUGAAUAAGAAUAAUACGGAAAUUAACUUACCUUA